GGCACGGCUCAGGUCUGCUUUUCCCCAGCUCACAGCGCUGAGGCGGCGUCGGGGAGGCGUCUUCUGCAAAGGUUGCCUGGCGCUGUCCAACAUGGAGGAGACACCGGCUCUGGCGGGCGUCACCUGCGAACGGGACUAAUCCUCGCCUGGCGUUCCCAGCAACUGAGCCGAGUGCAGAACUAAGGACUCAGCAGCCUGCACGCCCUGGGCGGACCCCGGCUCCAAUUGCUUCUCCGGCCGCGGGCUUCUCGACCGGGACGCAGCGCAAGGCGGGAGCGCAGCGGCCCCGAAUCUCCCUGAGCCAUGGGCAACGAGGCGAGCUUGGAAGGGGAAGGGCUCCCCGAAGGGCUGGCGGCGGCUGCGGCCGGAGGAGGGGCCGGCGGGGCGGGGACCCCUUUGCACACCGUGAUCCCGGCCGGCAUGGAGGCGGAUCUGAGCCAGCUGAGCGAAGAGGAAAGGAGACAGAUCGCUGCUGUCAUGUCAAGGGCGCAGGGGCUGCCCAAGGGAAGCGUUCCCCCGGCCGCUGCGGAGUCGCCUUCCAUGCACAGGAAACAAGAGUUGGAUAGUAGUCAUUCUCCAAAGCAACCAGGAAAACCUCCAGACCCAGGGCGUCCAGCUCAGCCUGGUCUCAGUAAAAGUAGAACUACAGAUACUUUCAGGUCAGAGCAGAAAUUACCUGGAAGGAGUCCUUCCACUAUUAGCUUGAAAGAAUCAAAGUCCAGAACUGACUUUAAAGAAGAGCACAAGUCUAGCAUGAUGCCUGGUUUCCUCUCUGAAGUUAACCCUUUAAGUGCUGUAUCCUCUGUUGUAAAUAAAUUCAACCCUUUUGAUUUAAUAUCAGACUCUGAGGUAUCCCAGGAAGAAGCCACCAAGAAACAAAAAGUAGCUCAAAAGGAACAGGGAAAACCGGAAGGAAUCACAAAACCUCCACCACAGCAACAGUCACCCAAGGCAGUUCCCAAGCAGCAAGGACCUGUUAAGGACCCACUUCAGCAGGAUGGCUUUCCCAAAUCAGCAUCUUCUCAGCAGCCAGAAAAAAUUAAACCACAACCCCCUGCUACAGGAAAGCCAGUUCAGGGGCCUGCCCAGCUUGCUCAGACAGACACAGCAAAAUCACCACUUCAGCGAGAUGCAGCCAGGCCUCAAACGAAGCAGUCAGACACAGUAAGGGGAGAACCAGUAAAACCCACACAGCAGAGCCCAUCCAAAUCACCUGUUCAGCAAGCAACUUCUGGAAAAUCUCCAGCCCAGCAGCUUGGACCUGAAAAACCACAGCCUGGGGCUACAAAGCCUGCAGUCCAGCAACCAGGGCUGGUGAAGACCCUCACUCAACAGCAAGGGACAGUGAAACCCUUGGCCCAUCCGCCAGGGACAACAAAGCCUCCAUCUCAGCAGGCUGGGUCAGAGAAGCCUUCAUCUCAGCCUGGGCCAAAGUCUCCAGCCCAGCAGCCUGGUACACCAAAACCCCCAGGUCAACAACCUGGACCACAGUCUCCAGCUAAGCCAUCAGGGCCAGGAAAGACUCCAGUUCAGCAGCCUGGGCCAGGAAAGGCUCCAGCUCAGCAGCCUGGGCCAGGAAAGACUCCAGCUCAGCAGCCUACCCCUGCAAAGCCCCCACCUCAGCAGCCUGCCCCAGCUAAGCCUCCACCUCAGCAGCCUGCCCCAGCUAAGCCUCCACCUCAGCAGCCUGCCCCAGCUAAGCCCCCACCUCAGAAGUCUAGCCAGGCAAAGCCCCCACCUCAGCAGCCUGGCCCAGCAAAGCCCUCAGCAUAUCAGUCUACAAAACCAGUAAGCCAAAUGGUAACUGAGAAACCUCCACAACCACCACCAACUUCUCCAUCUGUAGCACAGACUCCAGUACAAGGCCCAAGUAAAACCAUCUGUCCUCUUUGCAAUACCACUGAACUUCUGUUGCACGAUCCAGAAAAGGCCAAUUUUAACACAUGCACUGAGUGUCAGACCAUGGUCUGUAGCCUCUGUGGUUUUAAUCCAAAUCCUCAUUUAACCAAGGUUAAAGAGUGGCUCUGUUUAAACUGUCAGAUGCAAAGGGCUCUAGGAGGCGAACUGGCUCCAAUUCCAUCAUCACCCCAGCCCAAACAGAAGACUGCCCCUGUUGCUCCUACAACAACGAGCAAAUCAACCCCACUGCCACCGCAGAGUUCCCCAAAGAAGGAUGCACCACUCAAACAGGAUACAGCAAAGGCCCCUGAGUCGAAAAAGCCCCCACUAGUGAAACAACCAACCCUUCAGGGCUCCCCUGCAGCCCCAGCCAAGCAGCCGCCUGUGGAGGAGCCCUCCUCCAAGCUAUCCCUUCCCAAAGACCCUUCUGUUCCUACAGCUGAGCAGGUCAAAGCCUCCACAGCUGAGGAGAAAUCAAAGCAACCCAAGACCAUAAAGCCACCUGCAGACAUUCAGUCUUCAGCAGAAGGAACAGCCAGGAAACCUGAUGCUCGGAUCUCCCAAGUACAGGCUCAGGCUCCAGAGAGCACAGCCCCUCCAGUGAAAACAGACUCUGCCAAACCCUCUCAGAGUUUUCCACCAGCAGGAGAAAAAGUUACCCCAUUUGAUUCUAAAGUCAUGCCUCGACCUGCAUCAGAUUCAAAAAUAAUUUCACAUCCUGGGCCUAGUUCAGAAAGCAAAGAUCAAAAACGAGUGGAUCCAGCUCAAAAGAAGGAAGAGCCUAAGAGAGCACCAACCAAAACGACCCCUAAACCAGAUGCCAAGCCUGUGCCAAAAGGGUCACCGGCACCCCCUGGCCCAAGACCUUCCACUGGCCAAACUGCUCCUGCAUCUCCGCAGCCCCCCAAACCUCAGGAGCAGUCGAGACGCUUCAGUCUGAACCUGGGCAGUAUUACUGAUGCGCCACGAUCACAGCCCACAACUCCUCAGGAAACUGUGACUGGGAAACUCUUUGGGUUUGGAGCAUCCAUCUUCAGCCAGGCAUCAAAUUUAAUUUCCACAGCUGGCCAGACUGGACCUCAGCCACAAGGAGGGCCCACAGCCCCAACAAAACAAGCCGCUCCCCCACCCCAGCCCCCAGCUUCUAAGGGGCCACCCAAACCUGCAGGCCAGGCACCACCUGCACCUGAAAAGGCCAUAUCUGUGAAAAAGGAAAUGAGAGCUCCAGUAGCUGAAAAAUUAGAGCCCAAAGCUGAACAGGCUCCAACAACCAGAAGAACAGAAACAGACAAGAAGCCCCCACCUGUUAAGGAUAGCAAACCUUCAACAGCCGAGUCCCAAAAGUCUGUCCUUCCAGACAAGUUGGAGAAAACCACCAAACCCAAACCAGCCUGCCCUCUCUGCAAAACUGAACUCAACAUAGGUUCUCAGGAUCCUCCUAAUUUCAACACUUGCACUGAAUGCAAGAAUCAAGUGUGUAAUCUCUGUGGAUUUAACCCGACACCCCACUUGACUGAGAUUCAAGAAUGGCUUUGUUUAAAUUGCCAAACCCAGAGAGCAAUAUCAGGACAGCUAGGAGACAUGGGCAAAACACCAAGCAUACCAGCAGGAUCCAAAGCCUCUCCGGUACCUGUCCUUGCAGAACCACCAUCUCAGAAAACAGCAGUGCCUGCCCAAGUAAAAGUAAAAAAGAAGGAACCAGAAGUAAAAGUUGAAGCUGAAAAACUUAUUCCAGAAAAAGUAAAAGAAAUACCUUCAAUUGAAAAAAUUCUGCCUAAAGGAACCACAGAUCAAAAACAAGAAGAGAGUAAACUAAAGAAAGAUGUUGUUUCAACCCUUCAAGAAAAAAAGCUACCUUCCAAAGAAGAAAAACCCCUCUCAGAAGAAAAAGUAUUAAUCCCCGAGGAAAAGCAGCCAACCUCUGAAGACAAUAAGUUACCCCCAGAAGCAAAAUCAUUGGUUGUAGAAGAGAAAGACAAACAUGAGGUACUCAAAGCUGAAGGACAGACUGCUGAAGAAACACAUGAAAGCAGAGUGUCUCCAGAGGCAGUCCAAGAAGAAAAGCAACCACAGGCCCAAAUGGAAGAUUUGCCACCUGGUACACAGAGUUUGCCCAAGGAAGAAGUUAAAAUAACUGCAAAAAUGAAAGAACAGCCACAAGCAGCAGGCAUCACAAAAUCUGAUCAGGUGGAACCUGGGAAAGAAAAAACAGAAAAGGAAGAGGACAAAUCAGACACCUCAAGUUCUCAGCAGCCUAAAAGCCCACAAGGCCUGAGUGACACGGGAUAUUCUUCUGAUGGAAUAUCAGGUUCACUUGGUGAAAUUCCAAGUCUUAUUCCAAGUGAUGAAAAGGAUUUGCUUAAGGGACUCAAAAAGGACUCUUUUUCACAAGAAAGCAGUCCUUCCAGCCCCUCAGACUUAGCUAAGUUAGAAAGUACAGUCCUGUCUAUUCUGGAAGCUCAGGCAAGUGCACUUGAUGAAAAGUCAGAAAAGAAAGCACAACCCCUGGAGGUUUCUCCUGAGCAGCCUGCGGACCAGCUGAAAAUGCAGAUUUCUUCAGAAACACUGGAAGUUACUCUUCCAGAAGAGGAGCUCAAGGAGACUCAAGAAGAAAAGAAGGAGACUUCCAAAAAGGAUGGCCAACAAGCCAUUCCUUCUAGUAAGGACCCUAAAGAAAAGUCUGAGUUUUUCGAUGAUGUACCUACGAGAAGACAGCCCUAUGAUUCAGUUGAUGACAGUAGUGAAAGUGAAAACUCACCUGUCCCACAAAGAAAACGGAGAACUAGUGUUGGCUCAUCGAGCAGUGAAGAGUACAAACAGGAAGACAGUCAAGGGUCCGGGGAAGACGAGGACUUCAUUCGAAAGCAAAUCAUAGAAAUGAGCGCUGAUGAAGAUGCUUCUGCUUCAGAAGAUGACGAGUUCAUCCGGCACCAGCUCAAAGAGCUGAGCAGUAUCACCGAGAGCCACAAGAAGGAGGAAAUGAAGGGGAAAGGGAAAGCUACCGCAGGGAAACACAGACGACUGACUCGAAAAAGUAGUGCAAGCUUCGAUGAUGAUGCAGGGAGGCGUCAUUCGUGGCACGAUGAGGAUGAUGAGACAUUUGACGAAAGUCCAGAGCUGAAAUACAGAGAAACUAAAAGUCAGGAAAGCGAAGAACUUGUAGUUGCUGGAGGAGGCGGGCUCCGUCGAUUUAAAACAAUUGAACUGAACAGCACCAUAGCAGAUAAAUAUUCGGCAGAGCCAUCGCAGAAGAAAGCAACUUUGUAUUUUGACGAAGAGCCAGAAUUGGAAAUGGAAAGCUUGACAGAUUCACCAGAAGACAGGUCCAGGGGAGAAGGGUCUUCUAGUCUUCAUGCUUCCAGCUUCACUCCUGGUACAUCUCCUACAUCUGUGUCCUCACUUGAUGAGGACAGUGACAGUAGCCCAAGUCACAAAAAAGGAGAAAGCAAACAGCAACGCAAAGCCCGGCACAGAUCACAUGGCCCUCUGUUACCUACCAUUGAAGAUUCUUCAGAAGAAGAAGAAUUGAGAGAGGAAGAAGAAUUAUUAAAAGAGCAAGAAAAACAGCGGGAAUUAGAACAGCAACAAAGAAAGAGUUCUAGUAAGAAAUCAAAGAAAGACAAAGAUGAACUUCGAGCUCAGAGGAGGAGGGAAAGACCAAAGACGCCACCCAGUAAUCUCUCUCCCAUAGAAGAUGCAUCUCCAACCGAAGAAUUACGCCAAGCAGCAGAAAUGGAGGAGCUCCAUAGGUCUUCAUGUUCUGAAUACUCACCUAGCAUAGAAUCAGACCCAGAAGGUUUUGAAAUCAGCCCAGAAAAAAUAAUAGAAGUACAGAAAGUUUAUAAAUUGCCCACAGCUGUGUCUUUAUACUCUCCAACAGAUGAGCAAUCUAUUAUGCAGAAAGAAGGUGGUCAAAAGGCAUUAAAAAGUGCUGAGGAGAUGUAUGAAGAAAUGAUGCAUAAAACCCACAAAUAUAAAGCUUUUCCAACUGCAAAUGAACGAGAUGAGGUGUUUGAAAAAGAGCCUUUGUAUGGUGGGAUGCUAAUAGAGGAUUACAUUUAUGAAUCUUUAGUAGAGGACACAUACAAUGGGUCAGUAGAUGGCAGUCUGCUAACAAGGCCAGAAGAAGAAAAUGGAUUCAUGCAGCAGAGAGGAAGAGAGCAAAAAAUUAGACUCUCAGAACAGAUUUAUGAAGAUCCCAUGCAGAAAAUUACAGAUCUCCAGAAAGAGUUUUAUGAACUGGAAAGUUUGCAUUCUCUUGUGCCUCAAGAAGACAUUGUUUCAAGCUCUUACAUCAUUCCAGAAAGCCAUGAGAUAGUGGAUCUGGGUGCUAUGGUCACUUCUACCAGUGAAGAAAAAAAAUUAUUAGAUGCUGAUGCUGCCUAUGAAGAACUCAUGAAGCGGCAACAGAUGCAGUUAACACCUGGAUCCAGCCCCACCCAGCCCCCACUAGGGGAUGACAUGACAGAGUCCACCAUGGACUUUGACAGGGUGCCAGAUGCAUCUUUGACAUCAAGUGUUCUCUCAGGAGCAUCACUUACAGAUUCAACCAGCAGUGCAACACUCUCUAUUCCAGAUGUUAAAAUAACCCAACACUUUUCAACAGAUGAAAUUGAGGAUGAAUAUGUAACUGAUUAUACAAGAGAAAUUCAAGAAAUAAUUGCCCAUGAAUCACUGAUUUUGACUUACUCUGAGCCUUCAGAAAGUGCAACAUCUGUCCCACCUUCUGAUACACCUUCUCUCACAUCAUCUGUUUCUUCAGUUUGUACCACAGAUAGCUCCUCACCUAUUGCUACCUUGGACAGUAUAACCACAGUUUAUGCAGAGCCAGUGGACAUCAUAACUAAAUUUGAGGAUUCUGAGGAAAUUUCUUCAUCGACCUAUUUUCCAGGCAGCAUUAUAGACUAUCCAGAAGAAAUAAGUGUAUCUUUAGAUAGAACCACCACACCAGGAGGUAGAGCUAGUGCUGAUCACGUUGUUAUUCCCUUAUCUGAUGAAGUACCUUCUAUCACAGAAUCUGUAGGAACUAAACCUGAGGAGCCAACUGCUGACACUAUUUCCACUGACUUAUCUAUAUCUGAAAAAGAGCCAGUGAAAAAAGGCAAGAAGGAAACUGAGAAUGGAAUGAUUCUGGAAGUUUUGGAAGCUUAUGAAGAUAAAACAAAAGAGUCUGAGGCUGAACUAACAAAAAUUAGCUUAUCUGAACCUAUGUUUGACCAACUACCUUCCUCUACAACAGCCUUUCCAAUGAAGGAGCAGCUUUCGUCUACCUACUUUUUACCCAGAGAUGUCUUUGGCCAGGAAAAACCUCCAUCACAGUUACCAUCUGGCAGUCCUUCUGCUCCUUCUCUUCCAACUAAAUCUCGUCCAUUCCUCCGAAGUUCUUCUUUGGACAUAUCAGCACAACCUCCUCCCCCUCCUCCACCUCCACCUCCUCCUCCCCCGCCCCCUCCCCCUCCCCCUCCUCCCCCACCUCUCCCCCCACCAACCUCACCUAAACCAACUAUUCAUCCUAAAAAAAAGCUCACAGUUGCAGCUCCAGUGACUCCAGUUACUCCUGCUACACCUCUGGCUGAUGCUAUUACUACUAUAGGGGCACCAAUUGUUCAGAGGGGUGAUGAGUUACCAGUAACAAAAAUAUGUACCACUGCCCCUCCUCCUGUCCCUCCUAAGCCUUCUUCAAUUCCAUCUGGACUUGUAUUUACACAUAGGCCUGAGCCAAGCAAACCUCCAAUUGCCCCCAAACCAGCAGUUCCUCAGCAACCAGUAACUGCACAAAAACCAACAGAUACAUAUCCCAAACCAACAGGUCUAUCUUUAACUUCAAGUAUGACCUUAAAUUUAGUGACCUCAACAGAUUAUAAAUUGCCUUCCCCUACCUCCCCACUUUCCCCACACUCUAACAAAUCUUCACCAAGAUAUUCCAAAUCCCUCAUGGAAACCUAUGUGGUUAUUACACUGCCAUCUGAACCUGGAACUCCAACAGAUUCUUCAGCUAGUCAAGCAAUUACCAGUUGGCCCCUGGGAUCACCCCCAAAAGAUCUGGUUUCCAUUGAACCAGUGUUUUCUGUAGUUCCUCCUAUAACAUCUACAGAAAUUCCAAGUUCUCAGGAAAUGCUAUACAUUUCAGGAGCUUUGGAGACAUUCUCUGCUGCCCCUGUUGUAACACCAUCUUCAUUUCAAGCAGCUCCAACUUCAGUUACACAGUUUCACACAACUGAGGUCUCCAAGGCUGAGGUUUCAGUUGCUAGAAGUAUAGCCCCUAGUGUUGGUCCCAGCAGUGUCUCUAUAUCAAUUCCUCCAGAGCCUCUUGCUCUAGAUAGCCUACAUUCAGAGAAGCAUCAGUACAAGGAAAACGGAAAGUUGCAACUUGUUGGUGAUGUCAUUGAUUUGCGUACAGUACCAAAAGUAGAAGUUAAAGCAACUGAAAAAUGUAUGGAUCUUUCUGCUUCUGCAAUGGAUGUGAGGAGACAGACCACAGCAAAUGAAGUUUAUGGUAGACAAAUUAGUGCUGUUCAACCUUCCAUUAUAAACCUCAGUGCAACUUCAUCAGUUGUGACACCAGUAUCCCUGGACACUGAGACAGUGACUAUUGCUGCAUGCACAGCUACUACAAGUUAUACUACAGUCACAGAAAGCCUAAUGAGUAUAGAACAUACAAUGACAGCACCACUCCAGCUUACUAAAACAAAGCAUGCUGAGUCCCCAUACAGGAUGCCAAUUAGCCAGGCCUUUGCUGCAGUUAGAGAGGAAGCUCCAAUCAACUUAUCUCUAAGUACUUCAGCACAUGCAGUAACAUCGGCCAUUACAAAACCUGUCACUGUGCCUCCUAUUGGUGUCACAAAUGGAUGGACUGAUAGUAUUACAUCUCAGGGGAUCACUGAUGGGGAAGUGGUGGAUCUCAGUACAACAAAGUCUCAUAGAACUGUUGUAACAAUGGACGAAUCUACUUCAAGUGUAGUAACCAAAAUAAUAGAAGAUGAUGAAAAACCUGUGGAUUUGACUGCAGGAAGAAGAGCAGUGUGCUGUGACAUGGUUUAUAAGUUACCUUUUGGAAGGAGCUGUACAGCACAGCAGCCUGCAACUACUCUGCCUGAGGAUCGCUUUGGUUAUAGAGAUGACCACUAUCAAUAUGACCGUUCAGGGCCAUAUGGUUACAAAGGGAUUGGUGGAAUGAAACCUUCUAUGUCUGACACUAACUUAGCAGAUGCUGGACAUUUCUUCUAUAAAAGUAAGAAUGCUUUUGAUUAUUCUGGAGGAACUGAUGCAGCAGUAGAUCUAACUUCAGGGAGAAUUACUACAGGUGAGGUAAUGGAUUAUUCAAGCAAGACUACAGGUCCAUAUCCAGAAACAAGACAAGUCAUUUCAGGAGUUGGAAUUAGUACUCCACAGUAUUCCACAGCAAGAAUGACUCCACCUCCAGCACCCCAGUAUGGUGUGGGCAGUGUUUUGAGGUCAUCUAAUGGUGUUGUCUAUUCUUCAGUAGCAACUCCGAUCCCCUCCACAUUUGCCAUUACCACACAACCUGGCUCUAUUUUCAGCACCACUGUGAGGGAUUUGUCUGGUAUUCAUACAACUGAUUCAGUGACUUCAUUAUCUGCCCUGCACCAGAGCCAGCCUAUGGCUAGAUCAUAUUUCAUAACAACAGGUGCAUCCGAAACAGACAUUGCAGUGACUGGUAUUGAUAUCAAUGCCAGCUUGCAAACUAUUACUAUGGAAACCCUCACUGCUGAGACAAUAGACUCUGUUCCCACUUUAACCACAGCAUCUGAAAUAUUUUCUGAAAUGGUGGGAGAUGAAAGCACUCUUUUAAUUGUCCCUGGAGAAGACAAACAGCAGCAGCAACUUGACUUAGAGCGUGAGCUCCUAGAACUGGAGAAAAUUAAGCAACAGCGCUUUGCUGAGGAACUAGAGUGGGAGCGACAGGAAAUUCAAAGGUUCCGAGAACAAGAAAAGAUCAUGGUUCAAAAAAAGCUGGAGGAGCUGCAGUCUAUGAAGCAGCACCUUCUCUAUCAGCAAGAAGAAGAGCGGCAGGCCCAGUUCAUGAUGAGGCAGGAGACACUAGCCCAGCAGCAAUUACAGCUCGAGCAGAUCCAGCAGCUGCAACAACAGCUUCACCAGCAGCUAGAGGAGCAGAAGAUUCGCCAGAUCUACCAGUAUAAUUAUGACCCUUCUGGAAAUGCUUCCCCACAAACUACUACAGAGCAGGCAAUUUUGGAAGGUCAGUAUGCUGCCCCAGAAGGUGGUCAGUUUUGGGCAACUGAAGAUGCAACGACCACAGCUUCCGCUGUAGUGGCCAUUGAGAUACCACAGAGUCAAGGAUGGUACACGGUCCAGUCUGAUGGUGUCACACAGUACAUUGCCCCACCUGGCAUCCUGAGUACUGUCUCAGAAAUACCACUAACAGAUGUUGUUGUAAAAGAGGAAAAACCACCCAAAAAGAGAAGUUCUGGAGGGAAAGUCCGGGGACAGUAUGAUGAGAUGGGGGAAAGUGUGGCAGACGAUCCCCGAAGUUUUAAAAAAAUAGUGGACAGUGGUGUACAAACAGACGAUGAAGAUGCUGCUGAUCGGAGCUGUGCAAGCAGGAGAAGGAGAACUAGAAAAAGCGUUGAUACCAGUGUCCAAACUGAUGAUGAAGAUCAGGACGAGUGGGACAUGCCCGCUCGAUCAAGGAGAAAGGCUCGGGCGGGGAAAUAUGGUGACAGCACAGCAGAGGCUGACAAGACCAAACCCCCUUCUAAAGUCUCCAGCAUAGCGGUCCAGACAGUAGCAGAGAUAUCUGUGCAAACUGAACCAGUUGGAACCAUAAGAACACCUUCCGUACGAGCUCGAGUGGACGCUAAGGUAGAAAUAAUUAAACACAUUUCAGCACCUGAAAAGACUUACAAAGGGGGCAGUUUAGGAUGUCAAACAGAAGCAGAUUCAGACACACAAAGUCCUCAAUAUCUGAGUGCCACAUCUCCACCCAAAGACAAGAAACGCCCAACACCUUUAGAGAUUGGUUAUUCAACUCACCUUCGGGCAGAUUCCACACUCCAGCUGGCUCCUUCCCCUCCCAAAUCUCCAAAAGUCCUUUAUUCACCCAUCUCACCACUUUCAUCAGGCAAAGCCUUAGAAUCAGCCUUUGUACCUUAUGAAAAACCCCUCCCUGAUGAUAUAAGUCCACAGAAAGUACUGCAUCCAGAUAUGGCUAAAGUUCCCCCAGCAAGUCCUAAGACAGCCAAGAUGAUGCAGCGUUCUAUGUCUGACCCCAAGCCUCUGAGUCCAACAGCAGACGAAAGUUCCAGGGCUCCUUUUCAGUAUACCGAGGGCUUCACGACCAAAGGUUCUCAAACCAUGACACCCUCUGGUUCCCAGAAGAAAGUUAAGAGAACUCUGCCAAAUCCACCUCCUGAGGAAGCUUCCACAGGAACUCCAUCGACCUUCAGCACAAUGGGCACUGUGUCCAGGAGAAGGAUCUGCAGAACCAACACCAUGGCUCGAGCCAAGAUUCUCCAGGACAUAGACAGAGAGCUUGAUCUUGUAGAAAGGGAAUCUGCAAAGCUCAGAAAGAAACAAGCAGAACUGGAUGAAGAAGAAAAGGAGAUUGAUGCCAAAUUGCGAUAUCUGGAAAUGGGAAUUAACAGGAGAAAAGAGGCUUUAUUAAAGGAGAGGGAAAAGAGGGAGCGAGCAUACCUCCAGGGGGUAGCUGAGGAUCGUGAUUACAUGUCUGACAGUGAAGUCAGCAGCACCAGGCCAACCCGAAUUGAAAGUCAGCAUGGCAUUGAGCGACCAAGAACUGCCCCCCAAACUGAAUUCAGCCAGUUCAUACCACCACAGACACAAACAGAUUCUCAGCUGGUCCCUCCAACGAGUCCUUACACACAAUACCAGUAUUCUUCCCCUGCUCUUCCUACCCAAGCACCCACCCCAUACACCCAACAAUCCCAUUUUCAGCAACAAACUCUGUACCAUCAGCAAGUUUCACCUUAUCAAACCCAACCGACUUUCCAAGCAGUGGCAACAAUGUCUUUUACACCCCAAGCUCAACCUACACCAACCCCACAACCAUCUUACCAGCUACCAUCACAGAUGAUGGUGAUACAACCGAAGCCACGGCAAACCACAUUGUAUUUAGAGCCCAAGAUAACUUCAAACUACGAAGUGAUUCGCAAUCAACCCCUGAUGAUAGCACCUGUUUCUACUGACAAUACAUAUGCUGUUUCCCAUCUUGGUAGUAAGUACAAUAGCUUAGACUUGAGAAUAGGUUUGGAGGAACGAAGUAGCAUGGCAAGCAGUCCAAUAUCAAGCAUAUCUGCAGAUUCUUUCUAUGCAGAUAUUGACCAUCAUACUUCACGAAAUUAUGUCCUAAUUGAUGACAUUGGAGAAAUAAGCAAAGGAACAGCAGCAUUAAGCAGUGCAUUUAGCCUUCAUGAAAAGGAUCUGUCGAAAACAGAUCGUCUCCUUAGAACCACUGAGGCACGUAGGUCUCAAGAAGUGACGGAUUUCCUAGCACCUUUACAGAGUUCCUCCAGAUUGCAUAGUUAUGUGAAGGCAGAGGAAGAUCCAAUGGAGGAUCCUUAUGAGUUAAAGCUUCUGAAACAUCAGAUUAAGCAAGAAUUCCGCAGAGGGACAGAGAGCUUAGAUCACCUUGCUGGCCUUUCACAUUAUUACCAUGCUGAUACCAGCUAUAGACAUUUUCCAAAAUCUGAAAAGUAUAGCAUCAGUAGACUCACACUUGAAAAACAAGCAGCCAAACAAUUGCCAGCAGCCAUACUUUAUCAAAAGCAGUCAAAGCAUAAGAAAUCACUAAUAGACCCUAAAAUGUCCAAAUUUUCACCCAUCCAAGAAAGUAGAGACCUUGAACCUGACUAUUCGAGCUAUAUGACUUCUAGUACUUCUUCUAUUGGUGGUAUUUCUUCUAGGGCAAGGCUUCUUCAAGAUGACAUCACUUUUGGCCUCAGAAAAAAUAUUACAGACCAACAAAAAUUUAUGGGAUCAUCACUGGGCUCAGGAUUGGGCACAUUAGGAAAUACCAUACGAUCAGCUCUACAGGAUGAAGCAGAUAAGCCAUAUAGCAGUGGCAGCAGGUCCAGACCUUCCUCCAGGCCUUCAUCUGUCUAUGGGCUUGAUUUAUCAAUUAAAAGGGAUUCUUCCAGCUCGUCACUGAGACUGAAAGCUCAAGAAGCUGAAGCUUUAGAUGUUUCCUUUAGUCAUGCAUCAUCCUCUGCCAGAACUAAGCCUACCAGUUUGCCAAUUAGCCAGAGUAGAGGAAGGAUACCUAUUGUGGCACAGAAUUCUGAAGAAGAAAGUCCACUAAGUCCAGUUGGACAACCCAUGGGAAUGGCUAGAGCUGCAGCUGGACCCCUGCCACCAAUAUCUGCAGACACCAGGGACCAGUUUGGAUCAAGUCACUCAUUGCCUGAGGUUCAGCAACACAUGAGAGAAGAAUCACGAACUCGGGGCUAUGACCGUGACAUAGCAUUCAUCAUGGAUGACUUCCAACAUGCCAUGUCAGACAGUGAAGCCUAUCACUUGCGACGUGAGGAAACGGAUUGGUUUGAUAAACCCAGGGAGUCUCGUUUGGAAAACGGACAUGGUCUGGACCGAAAAUUGCCAGAAAGAUUGGUCCACUCUAGACCUCUCAGUCAACAUCAAGAGCAAAUUAUACAGAUGAAUGGGAAGACCAUGCACUACAUCUUUCCUCAUGCAAGAAUAAAAAUAACAAGAGACUCUAAGGAUCACACAGUUUCAGGUAAUGGACUAGGAAUCAGAAUUGUAGGUGGUAAAGAAAUCCCUGGACAUGGUGGAGAAAUUGGAGCCUAUAUUGCCAAAAUUCUUCCUGGGGGAGGUGCAGAACAGACAGGGAAACUUAUGGAAGGGAUGCAAGUAUUGGAAUGGAAUGGAAUUCCCUUAACUUCUAAAACAUAUGAAGAAGUACAGAGUAUCAUUAGUCAGCAAAGUGGGGAAGCAGAAAUAUGUGUAAGACUGGACCUCAAUAUGCUAUCGGAUUCAGAAAAUCCUCAGCACCUGGAACUUCAUGAGCCACCAAAAGCUGUGGACAAAGCGAAAUCCCCAGGGGUUGAUCCUAAACAGCUGGCAGCAGAGCUCCAAAAGGUUUCACUACAGCAGUCACCUCUGGUCAUGUCCUCCGUGGUUGAGAAGGGAUCUCAUGCUCAUUCGGGUCCCACAUCAGCAGGAUCCAGUUCUGUUCCCAGCCCUGGGCAGCCUGGGUCACCCUCAGUGAGCAAAAAGAAGCACAGCAGCAGCAAGCCUACUGAUGCAACAAAGGUUGUCUCUCAUCCAAUUACAGGAGAAAUUCAGCUUCAAAUCAACUAUGACCUUGGGAAUCUCAUAAUACAUAUUCUCCAAGCAAGAAACCUAGUCCCUCGAGACAACAAUGGCUAUUCUGACCCUUUUGUUAAAGUCUACCUUCUUCCAGGGCGAGGUCAAGUCAUGGUUGUCCAGAAUGCAAGUGCUGAGUACAAGAGAAGGACUAAAUAUGUUCAGAAAAGUCUUAAUCCUGAGUGGAAUCAAACAGUAAUUUAUAAAAGUAUUUCCAUGGAACAGCUCAAGAAGAAAACUCUGGAGGUGACAGUUUGGGAUUAUGAUAGAUUUUCUUCCAAUGACUUCCUUGGGGAGGUACUGAUUGAUUUAUCUAGCACAUCUCAUCUGGAUAACACUCCUAGGUGGUAUCCACUCAAAGAACAGACUGAAAGCAUUGAUCAUAGCAAGUCUCAUUCCAGCCAGAGCAGCCAGCAAUCCCCAAAGCCAUCUGUCAUCAAAAGCAGGAGCCACGGUAUCUUCCCUGACCCAUCCAAGGACAUGCAGGUUCCUACCAUUGAGAAAUCGCAUAGUAGUCCUGGUAGCUCAAAAUCAUCAUCUGAAGGCCAUCUUCGUUCCCAUGGACCAUCUCGCAGUCAAAGCAAAACCAGCGUCACUCAGACCCACCUGGAAGAUGCAGGGGCUGCCAUAGCCGCUGCGGAAGCCGCCGUGCAACAACUCCGCAUUCAACCAACCAAUGGCAACCAAGACCAAAGCCAGCUAGCCCUCAGGAAGGUGAUGUCUGAUGGACCAGUCAAGCCAGAAGGAGCAAAGCCUACCAAUCACCGGCCUGCAGAAAGCUCCGUGUCUACCGGCUCCUCAGGCAGCAGCUUUGGCAGUGGGUAUAGCGUGGACAGUGAAGGAAGCAGCAGCACUGCAGGGGAGACUAAUCUAUUUCCUAUUCCAAGGAUAGGGAAGAUGGGACAGAAUGGACAAGAGCCUGUAAAACAGCCAGGAGUGGGCGUAGGACUAGCCGAUACUGAAGUUAAAACACAGGUAAUGGGAGAAAUCAAAAUUGCAUUGAAAAAGGAAAUGAAAACAGAUGGUGAACAAUUGAUAGUUGAAAUUCUCCAGUGCAGAAAUAUUACCUACAAAUUUAAGUCUCCUGAUCAUUUACCAGAUUUAUAUGUGAAAAUAUAUGUCAUGAACAUCUCUACCCAAAAAAAGGUGAUCAAGAAAAAAACAAGAGUAUGUAGACAUGAUCGAGAGCCUUCAUUUAAUGAAACUUUUAGAUUUAGCCUCAGUCCUGCUGGACAUUCUCUUCAGAUUUUGCUUUUCUCCAAUGGAGGGAAGUUUAUGAAAAAGACCUUGAUUGGUGAAGCCUGUAUCUGGCUUGACAAAGUGGAUCUUAGAAAAAGAAUAGUCAACUGGCACAAACUUUUGGUCAGUCCUACACAACCACAUUGAAGAAAAGUGUCUGCUCAGGGUAUAAAAUGGAUCUACAUAGCCUCAAAUCAACGUUAUAGUCAGAUACUAUUGUACUGAGCUAUUUUCAGAGGCAAACAUGAAGUGGGAACAACAGACGAAAAGCAUGUUAAAGCCUUGUAAAUUUACUGCUGUGGGACACAGAAAAAGACACAUGAGAAAGUUUACAUGUUGAUAACCAACCCACAAAAGUAGAGCUCUGAGACCUUGGAUUUCCCAUGACUGUGAAGAUAAACCAUGAGAGACAUUUUGGAUACUUAAGGCAAAAAUCUUUGAGUAGAGUGAGCUGUAACUAAAGACAGCCUCAAAGAUUGACUUGGCUUCCAAAUGCAGCACAGAUGCAAUUCUUUAUGCAAAGAAACCUUGGUUGAAAGAACUGAAAUAAUGAAUCUCUGUUGUCAAAAAGCCUUCUUCUUAGUGUUCUCAGGCAACUUGCUGUUUUGAGAUCCUGAUAUAAGAUACAUCUAUAAUAUGUGUACAGGACUGGACAUGAGGUGGCUGUGUUCGUAGGGAAGAUGGAACAGGAGAUACAGAAAUCUUGGCUUUUAGGCCAUAUCGUACAGGUUUUCCCUUUGUAAAUGUUACAGGGAUAUACAAGACCAGUUUUGGAAUCCUUAUGGUUAAAGCACAUUUGUUUUAAUAGAAUUUGAAAUAUAGAGAGUGAAGAUAAUACUAGGUAGACAUGAAAUUACAUUUAUCUAGAAAUAAAACCAUGAAUGGUUAAUAAAGAAGAAAGUUGACCCACAAAAUAUUGGAACUCUGGUUGAAAAUAUCAAAAUCUCCAUAAUUUAUCAUUAAGCCAAGGCAUUUCCAUCUACAUAACAAAGGGCCUAGAUUAAAUUGGUAUGUCCUAGGAAGCAUGAUCAGUUCUUUGUGGUAUUGCAUAUAAAUGUAUUAACCUGCAUUUUCCUUUUUCUUGAGUAACAUAUUGUUAGAAAAUUCUUCCUCUGGCAAACAAAUCAUAUUAAUUUGAUUUAAUUAAUUAAUUAAAUUAGUAUAAUUUCUUGUUAUCCAUAAUUUUUUUUCAUGAAGUCAUUAACUGAUUGUACAAUAAUAACUCUCACAUCAAACUCAAGUUCUCUCAAGUACUCUCUUUUUCUCUAUUAGCGACAAUAUCAUAGUGAUCAAGUUCAUCAAUGUGGGGAAAAUGUGAAAAAGUCAACAUUUGAGAUUAAAACAUACUUUGAGCUAUUUUAAUAAUAUACAAUGACACAACCAAGGUUUAAGUUAUUAAAGUGAAGCAUCCUCUUCUCCAUCAACCCACCACAUUGACAAAGGAAGUAAUGUGGAUUUGCAGAAAAUACACUCAACUGAGAUUAGAACCCUGGCUUCUGUCUAGAUUCUGCUACUGACCUUGUACAUGUCACUUUGAAAAUGUCACUUAAACUCAGUUUAACCCAGUUUUUUAAAUUGUAGGUAAUAAUAAUGAUACAUUCCUAGCCCUCCUCAUUGGGAUGUUGGGAUGAUUCAAUGAAGAGAUCUAUGAAAAAUGAAAGCACAUUUCCAAAUAUAAUCUUACACAGAAGUGAAGAAUAAUUGUUAUGUAGCUUCUUAAUUCUCAAAUUUUGUAUGUGAGAAAAGUCCUCCAAACCAAUGGUAAGCAUUGCAAUAGAUAAAAGCAGUAAAUUUGUUCCCAAACUCAUUUUUUAUUUAAAAUAUGAAUAUUCAUUUAAAAAUAUGGAAGAAUUAAUUAAAAAUUAUUUGUUUUAUUAUACUAAAUUAAAUAAAUUAUAUUGAUCUCAUCUUAUUUCCAUGUCCUGACCAAAAUAAAUUUUAAUUACUUCUCAGAGCAUUUUGAACUUAAAAGCUGCUAUUUCAAGGUGAGGUUUUAGUGGUUUAAUUAGAGGAAAUGAGUACCAAAGUGUUGGUUGGAUGUCAAAUUUUCUCAUUUUUAGAGAGAAAUUACUUUCAAUUAGAGAGUAAUAUAAAACACUAAAACUAAAGAAUUUGUAAUAUAUAUCCCAGGCUAUAUAUCUUUAUAAUACUCAUAAAGAAAUACAAAUUCACUUUUCCCAACCUAACAUGACCAUCACUUUUCUUCUCUAUAUUUUUUAAUCCCCCUUGUCUGAUAGUAUAAUAACAUUGACCAUUAAUACUACUCUAAAGUGAGCAUAGAGGAGGUAAAUCAUCAAAGAUAUGAUAUUGCUAGGAUUUUAUUUUUAGAGAUUACUAGAUCUGCUGAUAGUUGCCAUGGAUAUUUCCAGCAGAAGCUAGCACUUGGGGAAGCCUGUAAUCAUCAGUCAUAAUUGGGGAAGAAAAAGGUCCAGGAAGAUCUCCUUCUGACAUAAUAAGGCUCUGCUGUUUGCUCUUAAAAGGAUACCCUGGCUCACCUUUGUUCUCUUCUCCAGCCACUUUCAUCCAGAGGUAUGCAUGAGAGGUUGUAUAACCAGUUAGCUUACUUCAUUGCAGUUGCAAUUUCUUUUGGAAUAAUACAAAUGGAGGGCCAAUUAAAACAAAGAUCAUCCCUUAAUAGCUAUUUAACCUGAAAGAAUAAGAGCCUUUCUAUUCUAGGUGCCCCUCCAUUCCAAGAAACUAGUGAUAAGAUCAAUCAAGAAGGUCAAUGACAGGGCUUCUUUUCAUGCACCAGCAUUCCCCUUCAGAGAGCAUAAGAUCCUGCCAGCGUGCCAAGUUUGCAACUGACCAAACUCCUAGGUUGUACUGGAAUUAUUCUAUGCAACACUGAUCCUUAUAUGAAUGCAUUUCUUCUGAAUGGUGUUGAUUACCCUUCUUACAACUAAACUAUUUCUUUUUUAAUUUCAUAUAGGGCUCUUGGUAUUUUUUACUUUUUUGUAUAUAUCACAGCACAUGAUUUUCCACUUUUUAUUUUAUUUAAUUUUAUUGGAAUUAGCUUCUUUUUAUCCUAAUAGCAACAGUUUGUAAUCUCUAAUUAAUAUGUGACUAGUCCAAAUACAACACCUAUACCUUGAAAAGCAUCAGAAUUUUCCACUAUUUCAUUGAGUCAUCAAAGACUGAAGUGGUAUGUUACUUGAAAAUUUGGUCCUAAAGAAACAUAAGCUGUAGAGGAAAAGCACAGAGAGAAUUUUUACAAAAGACAGAGACUCUAGAACUGUCAUUACAGACACAGACAACCACUGGUAGCAAGAAGUUGGUGUUUUCCCUGUUUUUACUUAAGAUUAGGGAAAUUUUCUGUGACUAUGAACUCUUUGUUUACCAUUUUGGUUCGAAAGAAUAAUACCCAAGACAAAGGGGUAGCAAUUGUUUUUACUCCUUAAUAUUGCCCAUAUUUUAAUAAAUCACACUAAUUAAAUGCAUAUUUUCAGCAUAUCAAUAAGAUUAAUUUUGUGAAUCACACACAUUAAAAUAGUCAUAUUGUUGGAUUAUUAUAGCUGGUAACCAGCUGAUAUUGAUUCUUAUUAUAGGAAAGGUCGUGACGAUGGUGGUGGUAGCAUAGUGAUACUAAUGGUGGUGAUGUGAAGUAAAAUAAAUUGUAUAUUAUAUGUGCCCAAAAUAUUAGGAAUUAUUUGAUCAAUGCUUCAUUUCAUCAAGAAAUCAUAAAGAUGUUUAUAGUAUUUUUUUACUUUAUUAUUUAAAUCAUAACUAACAAUAUUUUUAAAAACUUAUUUUCAUUGCUAGAAUGUCUAAUAUUCUAAAAUCAGCCAACUACAGCUAUGUGUUUAUAAAUAUAUGUGUGACAGAAGUGAUUUUCCCUCUUUUUGAGCUUGAAAUGAAAAUGAGAGGUAGCUCAAUGAAUAAUUAUGAGCUGUUUCUUUAAUAAUUUCUUGCCUUUGGUAUAAUACAAGAAUGAAUGAAUGAAACAGAUUUUCAUUGAAUAAGACACACUGAUGUUUUCUGUAUGUCCCAUGUUGUUAUUAUUAAAGUUACCCAUUAAACCAAAAUCAUUUAAUCAAAUCUCUGAUCUGAUAGGUAGAUUGAGAGCAUUUUCUUAAUUCAUUACCCUGUACAUAACUAUACAUUUGGUAAAAUAGAUGAAGUUGAAAUAUUCAUUUUUUGGCAUUCAGCAUGUGAAUAUUAUUAUUAUUUGAUUGUGUCUAUAUAUUUGUUCGGUGAUGUGCUCAGGUGCUCCCACUACUGAUUAAUGUGUGUGCUAAUAUCCUAACAACACAUAUGAUGUUAAAAAAAUUUCUUGUCUGAUAAAAUUAAAAACCUAAUAAAGUCAAUUUCAAAACAAAAAACAAAGUACUUGGAGAUAUGUCUUGUUUGUGACUAUGUUGCAUGCUGUGUUGGUGAUUUGCUAAUAUUCUUUUCUCUUUCUUUCUUUCUUUCUUUCUUUCUUUUUUUUUUUUUUUUCCCCCCUUUGGUUUGCCCAAAUCCCUCUGGGAAAUCUAAUGAACAAAUGCAAAUUCUCGGACUAAAGAUGGUAUAAACUGACCUGAAAAUAAAUGAGAAUUAUAUUUAAAAAAUGCUUGUAAAUCUGUCUUGAGUUUUAUUCUAUGUAAAAAUAUGUCUUGGUUUUGUGAUUGUAUACAAGAUGUAUCUUGAUAACUUAUGUAAAUUGUGCUGUAUAAAGGCUGUUGUCUCAGCCUUACUAAUAAAUAUUGAAAAUGUGAA